UAUACGUUUCAAUAGAAUUAUGUUCGAUAAACGGAGUUUCAAAUCUUUUAGAAGACAAGUAGAAGAAAUUUCACGAUGUGGUUCAUUUGUAUGAUUCUUCUGUAUUGUUUCUUCCUUCCAGUAAACUGUUCGAAAAGUGGAUUGUUUCUUCUUUCCAGUGACCAGUUCGAAAGUAGAGAGAUAUCCAAAGAGGAAUAUUUCAAUAACAGUUCUAUAGUGAAGGAAAUUAAAAAAAUAUAUAAACGUUCCAGUAAAAAGUAUGGUUUCACGGAAGACGAACGAAGUGAUAUUUUAAAUUUGAUUAAUUUCUAUAGAAAUAACACUAAACCAAUGGCUGCCAAUAUGAUGAAAUUGGAAUGGAGUGACACUUUAGCAAAUUUAGCUAAGUUGUGGUCCGAUCGAUGCAAUGUAGACGAAAGUAGUGGCCCUGCUGGAUGUUUACACAAAAUCAAUCAGAAUGUAUACAUCGGAUACGAACCAUUCGAGACUAUUUUACAAAUUUGGAACGGGGAAUCUCAACAUUAUAAUUACUCUAAUGCUACAUGCGAUAAAAACAGCAAUUGUGAUAAAUAUCUUACUAUGAUUUCGGCUGAUGUUCGUUUCGUUGGCUGUUCGCUAACAGAUUGUUUGAAAACUGGUUUUAAAUUUAUGAUGGUUUGCAACUAUUUUCCAAAAAUCAAUAUUCGAGGGAAAGCACCUUAUCAAUCAGGUGAAGCUUGUAGUAAAUGUAAUGGUAGUAGAUGUGAAAAUAGUUUAUGUGGUUAG